CUCAGUCAUUCCACAUGUUCAAGCGAUUCAACUACAAGGAAGAGGUGGCCAACGCGCAGCAGGUCAAGUCCUCUGUUCAUCGCGCCAUCCGCCAGAAGGCUGUUGAGCAGUUCCCUGGCCUCGAGCCGUACCUAGACGAGGUCAUGCCCAAGAAGGACCCCAUCCACUUGCUGAAGCUUCGCGACUCGCACCUCCAGCUCAUCGUCGUCAACAAGGAGGUCUUGUUCUUCCACGAUCGUGACGGUCCGUACAUGCCAACCCUCCGGCUAGUGCACAAGUGCCCAAGCAUGAUCACCCACCAAACGGUCGAUAUUGGCGCCUUCCCGUUCGUGAUGCGCGGUGUCAACGUCAUGGCCCCUGGUUUGACCUCGAAGGGCGGCAAGCUCACUCCCGCACCCGUCAACACUGUUGUGGCCGUCAUGGGCGAAGGAAAAGAGCACGCCAUGGCCAUCGGCAUCAUGAAAAUGUCCUCCGACCAAAUAAAAUCCGUCAACAAGGGAAUUGCCAUCGAGUCGGUUCACUUCCUCAACGAUGGAUUGUGGGCAUACAAGAACGUUGAUGUGUAACGCCUUGUCUGCGCGUUUGAGUUGUACCGAAAAAUCGACCUUACCUGUACCGCUACUUCUUCCAAUCAUCCACUCGGCUGUUCAAACACAAUCACAUACUGGCUACAGCGCAAACUACACAACGUUGA